GGCGGAAGCGGAAGCGGAAGCGGGUGCCGGUUCCCGAGGACCCGGUAUAAAGCGGCCGCCGCUGCCCGGUGCUGCCGCGCUCGCGCCGCCGUCAGUGACCUCGUCCCUUCCCUUCUUCCCUCCCUCGUUCCCCCCCCGCCCUCCCCGGCGCCGCCGCCUCCCCCUCCGCCGCACGGAGCAGGUCCCGGGUGCUGGGGGAGACCCGGGGGCAGAUUAAUCAGCCACUCGAUGGGGAUUAACAGUGGAACACCUGUUUGUGUCGCCUUUCCACCUCUGUGCAGCACGAAUAACAACUUCAGCACUUCUUCAAUAAUAAUUAUGAAACUGGUAUUAACUGAAUGGCAAUUAUGGAUUUUUAACUCUAACUCACAGUAAACCAGCAAGCCAUAUGUUGAAAUUCCUACCAAAUAGCUUUUCAUUCUUAAUGUCUCGUAUCUAUACAAGAAGUUGUAAGAUACCUGUUUGUACAAGAGGAAUAUAAGCAUUACUUGCCUGAGGAACAGAAGCUGAAAGAGAAGACACCCUAACUUGUUCGUGGAGUUAUGGUAGUAUUAUUUAUAUAGCUAUAACAAAUAUAUAUCUAUUUUUAUGGUAAUGAAAAUGGCUCCUCAGAAUGCUGACUCGGAAUCUAUGCAAGUUCAAGAUCUACCUGUGGCACAGCUUCAGAAAUCAGAAAACAAGGAGAAUGAAAGUAGGGAGGAGACCAUUAGUGAAGGAUCCAUAGACCGGAUACCGAUACGCCUGUGGGUGAUGCAUGGUGCAGUAAUGUUUGGCAGGGAAUUUUGUUAUGCCAUGGAGACAGCUUUGGUAACACCUGUAUUGUUACAAAUUGGUCUUCCUGAACAAUACUACAGCCUCACUUGGUUCCUCAGCCCUAUCCUGGGCUUGAUCUUCACUCCACUCAUAGGUUCAGCCAGUGACCGCUGCACGCUGAGCUGGGGCCGCCGGCGGCCCUUUAUCCUUGCUCUCUGCAUUGGUGUCCUCUUUGGAGUUGCACUUUUCCUUAAUGGCUCUGUGAUAGGUCUGGCUAUUGGUGAUGUCCCGGACAAGCAGCCCAUUGGAAUAGUUCUCACAGUGCUUGGGGUUGUGGUGUUGGACUUCUGUGCCGAUGCAACCGAAGGGCCAAUUCGGGCCUACUUGUUGGAUGUGGUGGACAGUGAAGAACAAGACAUGGCCCUGAACAUCCAUGCCUUUUCAGCUGGUCUUGGAGGAGCAAUUGGUUAUAUGUUAGGAGGGCUGGACUGGACACAGACCUUCUUGGGUAGCAUUUUUAAAUCUCAAGAGCAAGUCCUUUUUUUCUUUGCAGCCAUUAUUUUCUCUGUCUCCGUUGCUCUCCACCUUUUUAGCAUUGAAGAAGAGCAAUAUAACCCUCAGCAGGACAGGAUGGAUGAUGAAGGAGACACACUUUCCAGUGCCAAAUUCAGUGGCAGCCUCCCCCCUCUGAAUCGGCUGAAUGUAAUUAGUGAGGAAGAGCCAUAUGGAGCUUCCAUGUUCCAUGAUGAGGUUCAGUCGGAGCAUGACCUCAGUAUGGAGUUCCUUGAGGUGAACAUUGUGAGAAGCAAGAGUGACUCAGUUCUGCACAUGCCCGAUGCCACACUGGAAAUUGAAUCGGAGCUGCUUUUCCUGCAUGACAUCGAACCCUCCAUUUUUCAGGAUGCUUCGUACCCAAACACUCCCCACAACACAAGCCAGGAGAUCAUGAAAUCCAAACUCAACCACCUGUCUGCUUUCCUCAGGGAGAAUGAGAAGGAGGAGGAAAUGUUGCUUGAUAACCGUUUAAAUGAAGAUAAAGUCCCAAACAUCAACGGCUCCCUACCAAAAGAGUUCCUCAACGGGCACGCCAGAAUAGGCAUGAAGCAGUCCAGCACUUCCAACUCCAUGCGGCGGCGGCGGCACAUGUUCUACCGGCAGCCGUCCUACACCUUCUCCUACUACGGCAAGAUCGGCUCGCACCGGUACCGCUUCCGCCGCGCCAACGCCAUCGUCCUCAUCAAGUCCUCGCGCAGCAUGAACGACAUCUACGACAUGCAGAAACGGCAGCGGCAGCGCUGCCGGCACCGCAACCAGAGUGGCACCACCAACUCCAGCGGGGACACGGAGAGCGAGGAGGGCGAGACCGAAACCACCGUCAGGCUCCUGUGGCUCUCCAUGCUAAAGAUGCCCAAGGAGCUGCUGCGGCUGUGCGUCUGCCACCUCCUGACGUGGUUUUCCAUCAUCGCCGAGGCUGUGUUCUAUACGGAUUUCAUGGGACAGGUCAUCUUCCAGGGUGAUCCAAAGGCCCCUUCGAACUCAACUGAGCUGCACGCCUACAAUGCUGGAGUUCAGAUGGGAUGCUGGGGGCUGGUGAUUUAUGCUGCUACUGCUGCUGUUUGUUCAGCCUUGUUGCAGAAAUACUUGGACAACUACGACCUCAGCAUAAAAGUGAUCUACAUCCUGGGCACGCUGGGUUUUUCCCUUGGCACUGCAGUGAUGGCCAUGUUCCCCAACGUGUACGUCACCAUGAUAAUGAUCAGCACGAUGGGAAUAGUCUCCAUGAGCAUCUCCUACUGCCCCUACGCGCUUUUGGGACAAUACCAUGAGAUAAAACAGUACAUUCACCACAGCCCCGGGAACUCGAAGCGAGGGUUCGGCAUCGACUGCGCCAUCCUGUCGUGUCAGGUUUACAUCUCCCAGAUCCUGGUGGCCUCCGCGCUCGGCGGCGUCGUGGACGUGGUGGGCACGGUCAGAGUCAUCCCCAUGGUGGCUUCAGUGGGAUCCUUCCUGGGUUUUUUGACAGCCACUUUCUUGGUGAUUUACCCCGAAGUCAACGAGGAGCCAAAGGAAGAGCAGAAGGGGCUGGGCCCUCCCGAGGCAGGCGAGGGCGGCGCGGGCGCGGAGAAGCCGACGGUGCUGAAGCUGACGCGCAAAGGAGCCGCGGCGGCGGAGCCGGAGGGCGAGUCGGCCGUGUGAGCCCCCGACGCUCGUUCACCCACAUUCCACGGAGUGCAGGUGUAGGAUCAAGAACUUCUACUGUGGGAUUUUUCUUUUCCAAGAAAGCAAAUUAGGACCUUCACUACUUGUAGCUAAAAUUUGCAGAAGAAAAGGCAGUUUUGUGCAAAAAUGUAAAUGAAAUUCUGUAGUCCUUCCUCUUGGUUUGAGCAGGUCGCUCUGAUGCUAAUUGCUUUCUCUACAACUUAGAAAUGUCAUUUCUGAACACUUUUUUAUUAAGGAUACAUUUAGAUUUCAAAUAAGUUUUAUUAAUCUGCAUGAGACUCACAGUGUAUACAAUUAGCAGUUAGAAAAAUUAAGUUUUCGGCUGUUUUUAAACUAACAGAAAAUGGAAGCUAUCUCAACCUAUAGUCUCUUGCCAUUUUUUUGUCUGAACAUUUCAGAUUUCACUAGUGUAAUAACUGAAUCAAAUGCUUAGACAUCAUUGAUUUUUUUCACGAGCAUGAUAUUACUGGUCUGACAGCUACGUUAAUUUUAGACUUCAUGUUUUUGUUAGUGCAAUUACGGCAGAAUCCUUUUAUUUGCAAUUAUUUUUCAAGGAAAAAAAAAGCAAUUACUGCGGUUUCUAAGAAACUGCCAUGAAUUCUUUUAGUCAUACUAUUCACAACCACUCCCAAAUCUGCUGCUUGUCAGGAGAGGGUGACACUGGGUGCUGGAUGUCAGCUGUAGAUGGAAGGAGCAGCAGCUGGGAGAGGUGACCAGCACUCACAGGUUUCUUUAUCACAAGUGCUGCAUUUUAUGAAUGUUGUUGGAAUACGCUGUGACAAUUUUUAGCUGAGAGUUUCACGUGCCGGUGAACUCGGGGGUUUUCUCAGCAUUUAAACCUGAUCAUCUCUGGAUGAAGCUGCCAUGGAGAAAGGGCAUCUCUGGGGUCAGCUUCGUGGGAGGGGGCGUGUGGAUUCUCUUCCCUAGGGAAAGGAAGUCAUUGAUUAAUUGCACUUUUUACGAUCCUUUAACCUCCUGGCUGGGAAUGCAGCAGCCGAGGUAAAGGCACCGGGUCAGUACAACAAGGAGAGCCCAAGGCCUACCUCUGUCACUUUAUGGCAUAGUCUGGGUGUAUAAAAAUCUGUGUCAGAAACAGUUUUUAGGCCUUAAAAUUCAAAUGUUGCUGUUCCAGUCCCUGUGUUGGAGGAUUUGUAGGCCGGAGCUCUUCUGAGCUGCCGUACCAAUGUCGUCAGCACAUCCUCCAUGUCCCCUUCCAUGAUUCAGGACACAGCUGCAGUGCAAAUAUACUUUUCUGGAAAGAGGUUGAAAGAGUUGUGCUAACUUGAUUUAAAAUAGGUUUGGAUCAUUAUCCAGCAGCCAUUUAAAGCAACUUUCGAAACUUGUGUUUCACGAACUUCUGAUUGUCAUUUUUAACACAUGUUUGUGAUGCUGUUGACUCAUUUUGGCUUGGGCCCCCCAGUCUGUGUGCUGGACAGGCAAACACAGCAUGGUGUGAGAUUCCUGCCCUCAAACUCCUCCUCCUCCAAGACUUGCCUGUGUCAAUGAUGCUGCAAUCCAGGCAUUCAGACAAAGAAGCUAUAUUUCAAUAUGAAAAGCAGUUUUUAAUGAAUUACUUGAAUUGUCAGUGUAUUUGAGAAAUGAAUGUUUGGGUGUAUUUGAAGGUGGCAUCCGUGGGUUUCUCUGAAGGCUUCCAGUUGAUGCCUGGAAUGCCUGUGGCCCCUGCUAUCAAGGGUGAUGAUGUUUUUAGGCUGGUGACAUCACAGAGCACUGAGGUACAUGUAAUCACACAGGACUUAGGGGUUGUAUUUGUUUUUCCAAGUGUCUUGAGGAAGUCUUCUUUUUUCCCAUGGUGACUAUUUUUUUAUGUAGAACAUGUACUGUGAACUGUGCUCAGACAGGGGAGCAAUACUACUGAAGGGCUUGAGUCCUUACUGAAGAAAGCAGUUGUGAGAAAUUCUGCCGUGAAUUUAUCAUCUCAGUUACAUUUAAUAUAUUCUGAUGAUGUUGAUGUGUGAGAGACAAGUGUUGUGUUUCACCCUAGCACUGGCAUUCGUCUAAGUUACAUCUGAUUUACACAUUUUAAAGUGGCUUUAAUAUUUUAGUUUUGAAGCUUCUUGAAUAUCCUGCUUUUGGUUAAAUAACCAUACAAGUACUCCUUAUUUUAAUCUCUACUGCUGGAAAGGUUCCUCAACAGUUUAAAAACUUGCAUCUUCUGACUGGUGUCAGCCUUACCCUUUUCCCAAGGGUUCCAUGGACCAGCAUGGAUCAAAUCUCCAUUACUCCACAUUGCACUUUCUAAGCCAAGGUCUCUUUCACUGCACCAUCACACUGACCAAAUAGCUGCAGAGAGGGAGGAGAGGCUGAAUCUCCCUCUGACUUCACAUCCCACAGAGGGAACAUGACACCAUUCUGGGAGUGAGCUCACCCAUGUUUAUGGAGCUUUCUCAGCCAGGGAAGGGCAAGGAGGGAGGAAGGACCUUUCAUUUCAAACCCAGAGGCUUCAAGCAAGGGCAGGGCAGGGCCAGUUUUGUCAUGGACAGCAUUUGGCAUGGUUUCAUUUCUAAGAACUGGAUGUUAAAUCCGUGUUUGGAGUUGUUCAUGGGGCUCAUAACGCAGGAAUACUCACACUGCCACGGCAGGAAGCUGAUUUCACUCCCUGGUAAAGGCAAAGGAAAUAAUUAUUCCUUGUAAAUGCACUGAAGUUUUUGUAGUGUUGCCAGAAGAAUUAACUUGGGGAGCCCCAGCCAAAGCAUCUCCUCCUGUCCUUGGGCCAGCCUGGGAAACACCUACACCAGCUUCACCCGCUGAGUCUCCAAGGGCUUUUCCUUGGAUGUGAAAGUUUUCUUUCUAGCCCCAGCAUGUCUCAGGGUAGAGUGGGCAAUGAUUUAUUUCUUCAUCUGUCCCUUACCUUAUCUUUUCAUAUAGAAAUGAUUUUUUUUUUGCCACAAUUAAAGAUAAAGUAAUACAGUUUUAUGUGUUUGUGCAGAGCUUGCAGAAAGAGAAGUUUGAAGUGGCUUUUUUUUUUAAUUCCUGGUGACAACGAGCAUCUGUUUUUUCUUGAUUGUAUUCUUGUGUAGUUGAAGUCAUCCCACUGGACCUUCAGUGUAGUAGGACUAAGGUUUAGUGGUUCAGUUCUGUGUUGUUCAGUGCUAUAAACAAUUUUAACAUGUUCUGCUGCAGUGAUGUGUGACAUGAGGUACUGCUGGUGCUCAGGCCCUCAAAGGCUGUGGUCAGUCAGCUGCACCUCUUGAGAUGUCUCAUGUGAGAGUAGAGAAGCUUUAACUUUCACCCCUUGGAAAGGCAGAGUGUGGGUUUGGCCCUCUUGGGUUAUUCCAAGUGAGAUCUGUGCUGUUUGUGGAUGGCAAUUUUAGACUCCAGAAGCAAUAAUUUCUUAGGAAUGUUUCUCUUCCUGCUGGUUUGAUGACUUUCAUAGAGAUUUAUUGCCUAAAUAGCCUUGUAAUAACACAAAUCUGGUGUUUUGCUGGCACUGGCUGUAAGCAGUUGUGGAAAAAUAGGGGUUGUGCAUCAUCAGGAGGGAGGAGGCCAGUAAAUCCUACAGAGGUUUGUGCUCUUGAAACACAUGAUGUCCUUUUCCCCUUUCAUUUGGAGCCUUUUUCUAGGCUCUGAAAUAUUCCCAGCAUAUCAGUCUGAAAAGGAGGUGGCUGCAAAUUUACCCUCCUGGUUUCCUUGCUGAUGCCAAUGCUGGCACUCAGACCCCAGGAUGGAACAGGCUGCAUGAGGUUUUCCUCAUAGGCAAGGACUGAGUCUUUCUUAUCCCUCUCCCACCUGAUCUGAAGACCCCAGCACUUGGAAUGACAGCAGCAACCAUGGAGCUUUUUGCCAGGUACCUCAUUAAGAACAGGUCCCCUGCCCUUGAUCCAUGGUGAGCUUGGCUUCCUCCAGCAUCCACCGUGAAAAGCAGGAUUUUCCUGGGUGCCAGAUCUCAUGGCCAUGCAGGCUGAGAUCACAUCUGUCAGUAAAGGCAGAGAGAGCUGGGACCUCCGGGCAGGAGGGAAGCACAGAAGGCAGGUGCUGAUAUUUGGGGUUUUUAGGGAUGUGUGUGUGUGUCUGUACCUGUGUGUUUGUACAUUUCAGACACACUGCUCGGGCCAAAAUACCUUUGGGGGUUGUGUGUUGCUGUCACUGUACUCCACAAUGUUUUCAACUGAGUUCUUCCAGGUUUCCCUCAUCCUAGUCCCAUGUGAGACAAGCUCAGCUAUAAAUAUGUAUCCUAUUUAAAUGAACAAACGAACUCCUGCAUGAUAUUCCAAGCACAUGUAGCAGCUUCGGCAUCUGAAGUGUCUGUUGUGAAAGAGAAGUUGGUUUUCUUUGCAGCUGUUUUGUCCUCCUUUCCUUUGAAUAGGCCAAAUAAAUGUAAUGGACACCAAAUGUUGCACAGAAAUGUUGUUGAUGACUGUGUGAAAAAAAUACCAAAUUUUAUUUUUCUUUGCAGAAACUUUAUGGUUCCAGAGAGUCCUUUAGCUGUUUUCCUUCCUUAAAUGACAAAGCUGAACGUUUGUAAAGCACGUCACAAAAUGGUCAUUUGGAAAAAGUGGAGCUACCCAAAGCUUUCUCUUUGUCAUGUUGCAUCCAAAGGAGCUGCAGCAGCUCAAACACCAACUGGGGUUUGAAUUUGAGGCUCAGCAGUUCAGAAACUGCCUUAGAAAACAACAAAAAGGCUCCAUCCCUUUCCUGGCAUGGCACUCGCACCCACUGAUCUGCUCAUUAGAGUGUUCCAGGUUUUCCUGUUGUUUAAAUUAAAAUCACUUCCUGGAAAACUGAUUUGGUUUCGUUCCUCAACCCAAGCAGCUUCUCAUGAAUUUCCACCUCAGCUUCCCUUGCCCCAGGGAGUGCCAGGAGUGCCCAGGAGGGACAAAUACAUCCCCCACUAAAAGAGAGCAUCUGUUCUAAUUCAAAGACUUUUGAUGCCCUUGCAACCUGCUAAAAUUUUAGGGAAAAUGCAGAGCAUGGUUCAAUUUGACCUGCUCUGGCACAUUUAUUCUUAAAUUUGGAAGUUUGGGGUGAAGCUCUGGGAGCAUUUAGUCAUACUUAGUGUCACCUUAUUUACUGUGCACCUACACAGUCCUUAGCAACAGCCAAAUUGUAAUAAAUAACCCCAAAAUCCAGACUUUUCUCUCAACAAAUUGGCAGUUCCCAACGUGAAUUUGUUUUGCCUGAUGUAACAUGAACACUAAGCCCUUGAAGUAGCCAAAUGACCAGCUGAUUUUAAAUGCCUCGUAUUACUAGAAAGCUGCAUAUAGGCAUCUCAUAGCGGGGAAAGAAAUAAAAAAUUUUAAAAAAGAAAAAAAAGAGAAUAUUUAGUUCCUUUGUGAACUGGCCAUAUGACAACUACUUUUUUAUCAACUUAUUAAGUUGGGGCACUAUAAUAGCUCUUGCUGAGUUUAGCAAUGUUUAUAAGCAUGUGUUAAACACAUAAUGUUGUUUUAUGAGGAAAAAGGGAUAAAGAAAAGUGAUGUCACAGAUGAAUGUUUGAGUGCGUAGACGGCAUAAUGUAUGUAUGAUUUUUAUUUCUACACUGUUGAGCUUGUUUUCUGUUUAAAGGUUAAAAAAAUUGUUGCAUGAGAACUGUUUUAUUGUGUUCUGCACUUUCUGUUCUUUUUGUAUAAUCUUGAUUUUUUUUUUCAUUUAUGCAUAGAAAAGAAAAAAAUCAGUUUAGAAAUAUUCUACUCCACGAGACAUUGUGUUCCAAUCUGUUGUUCCGAUGUUCGAUCUUAAUAAACAUUUCAGUAAGA